AUGUUUAAAAAAGUCACCCAAUCCAUAGUAAAUCAAAUCGAUCCAAGAGGAGACCUGGUCCCAGUUCACAGCAUCUUAGACCACGAACAUUUCAGACCUCUCUGCCUAGUUAGAAGAAAAAGAAAAGCCAUAUUCCACCCAUCUCCCUACUACAGACAGACAUGGUACAGACUUGAUGACGUGCUGCUGCCUGGAGAAGGCGAUAGAAGCACAGAGUCUCUCUUUUGCAACGGAGGUAAUCAAGAUUCAAGGCGAUUUACAGUCAAAAAAAGCGUCAGUGACAGAGUUGAUGGGAACCUAAGCCUUUGUGUUGACUCUACAAGCGUAGAGCUGAAAGGAGCUGCCUCCUUGUCCAAAGGGUGGUCCAUCAAGCUGGAGAAGAACCACGUACCAGUACCAAAACUUGAGGCACUGAAAACAGAAAGAAAAAUAAAUGAGAAUCACUCCUUCAUUCAACAACUAAAGAAAACACGACAAAAUUUAUAUGUGGUUCAUGAAUCAAUAGAAACCUCGGAGGAGGCCAGCUACGAGGAAUCCACCAAGGCAGAGGGGAGUUUCAUGACCCAGCUUUACGCCAAGUUUUGUGCCCAGGGUACCAGAGAGAACAAACAAAGCAUAACCAUACCAAAGGGCUGCACCCUGGCCUUCCGGGCAAUCCAGCUGGCCAUUAUAGACGGAUCAUGGGAUCUUGAAUAUUUCUCCAAAGAAAGUACAUCAACAUUCGUAUCUGAUGGUAUCUCACAAGGAAAAUUAGGAGCACUGGAGGUAGAAGUUAAAAAGAAUUGCCAAAUUCUCUCCAAGUUGUCUCCUGAUCUGUUCGUCAUAUUUUCAAAAGCCAUCAAAGCUGUGAUGAGAGACAGGAACCUCUUUCAAGAAUUGACCCAGAAAAUGGAAGCAGUUCUUGAUGAAACUGGUAGUGAUGAGCUGAAAACAGAAAGCCCGGACUUAAAAGACCUCUUGAGCAGCUUACAGUAUUCUUCAAGACAUCUUCUCCUUAAGCUGGCAGGAGCAAUCACCUACACUCUUGAUGCUUUAGAUGAGCUAAUGGAGGAUCAGCUGCUGCUAUUGCUGGAGUCCUUGGAAGACAAGAUUGUGUCCCAACAGCUUAAGCUGGUUGAGAGCAUCUUGGAACAUGACAUAGAACACAUGAAGGGAGGUUUCAGCGUGGAUGCCAGUUUGCUCUCCUUCUCACAAGAGAAGGAACAAAAAUUAACCAUUGCAAUGGUUGAGAUGAGUGGAGUGAAGCUCCAGAAAGAUGGAUCUGCUGUCUGUAUGGAAGAAGCCUUCUCAGCUGUAGCAGCCUUGUACGCAUCUCUGUAUGUUCUCAAUCUUCUGAGUAACUCAGAUUAG